AUGUCCAUUGAAGAGAUUCGUGCUCGUGAGAUCCUAGACUCUCGUGGGAAUCCAACUGUCGAGGUGGAUUUGCAUACCUCAAAAGGAAUGUUCAGGGCAGCUGUACCAAGCGGUGCCUCCACUGGCAUCUAUGAAGCUUUGGAACUGCGUGACAAUGAUAAAUCCCGAUUCCUUGGCAAAGGGGUUCUGCAGGCAGUGGAUCACAUCAACAGCACUAUUGCCCCUGCUCUUGUGAGCUCUGCCCUUUCGGUUGUGGAGCAAGAGAAGAUAGACAACCUCAUGCUGGAACUGGAUGGCACGGAGAAUAAAUCUAAAUUUGGAGCUAAUGCCAUACUGGGUGUUUCCCUGGCUGUCUGCAAAGCUGCCGCUGCAGAGAAGGAUGUACCCCUGUACCGUCAUAUUGCUGACCUGGCUGGAAAUUCAGAUCUCAUUCUGCCAGUCCCCGCUUUUAAUGUGAUCAACGGAGGGUCCCAUGCUGGAAAUAAACUGGCCAUGCAAGAGUUUAUGAUCUUGCCUGUUGGGGCUGAAAGCUUCCGGGAUGCCAUGCGCAUUGGUGCUGAAGUCUAUCAUAAUCUCAAGAGUGUGAUCAAAGACAAGUAUGGUAAAGAUGCCACCAAUGUAGGAGAUGAAGGGGGCUUUGCCCCAAACAUCCUGGAGAAUAGUGAAGCUUUAGAGCUGCUCAAGGAAGCCAUUGAGAAAGCUGGUUAUGCUGAUAAGAUUGUGAUUGGCAUGGAUGUGGCUGCAUCAGAGUUCUAUAGAGAUGGCAAGUAUGACUUGGAUUUCAAAUCCCCUGAUGAUCCCAGCCGUUACAUCUCUGCCGAUGAACUGGGUGACCUCUAUCAGAGCUUUGUACGGGACUAUCCAGUGGUGUCCAUUGAGGAUCCUUUUGAUCAGGAUGACUGGGAAGCUUGGUCAAAAUUCACAGCUAAUGUAGGGAUUCAGAUAGUGGGAGAUGACUUGACAGUGACCAACCCCAAACGCAUUGAGCAUGCGGUUGAGGAGAAGGCCUGCAACUGUCUACUGCUUAAGGUCAACCAGAUUGGAUCGGUCACUGAAGCUAUUCAAGCCUGUAAACUGGCUCAAGAGAAUGGCUGGGGGGUGAUGGUGAGUCAUCGAUCAGGGGAGACUGAAGACACCUUCAUUGCUGACCUGGUGGUGGGACUCUGUACUGGGCAGAUAAAGACCGGAGCUCCGUGUAGAUCUGAGCGACUGGCAAAAUAUAAUCAGCUAAUGAGGAUUGAGGAAGAACUUGGUGAUGAAGCUCGCUUUGCUGGACACAACUUCCGUAAUCCAAGUGUCCUAUAAAUGCAUGCAUCCUGGCAUACUCUGGCCAUGCCUGCUCUUUCAGUGCACAGACUCUGAGUGCCCAUUAGAUCACA